AACUACGGUCGAGUCUGUGCUAAUGUCAACUUUUGAAUAUCACCUUAUUUCAAUAACAAUCCAUGAGUGUUAACCGUAGCAAACGUCUGUUUUAGAACACAUGUGACUGUCCUACAGGACGCCAUUGAUGUUUUGUCACUGAAGAACACGCGUGCGUCCAGUUAUAGUACGAUCAUGCGUACAAUGAUCAUGAGUACGAAUGGGUACGUUCCAGCAAUGGUUCUAGUAGCUGUGCAAUGGCCCGUACUAACGUACGUACUUAUGUCAGUGCAUAACAAGAAGAAGUGGCUUGAAAUUUUCAGUGAGGCUCUGUCAAACUUUGGUCCAAAGUGAUUGCUGACACUCCUCGUUGAUAUCUGACGUUACAAUAAGUUCCUACUCACGAUAGCUUAGAGAUCUUGUCGAGAAAUCAUGGCGCACUAUAAGGGAGCAGCCAGUGAGGCUGGGCGGGCGAUGCAGCUGAUGAAGAAGCGAGAAAUAGCACAGCAGGAGAUAGAAUUGCGAAAGAAAAAAAUAGAAGAUGACUUAAAAAUCGAUAACAUAGAAAAUAAGUUUGCUACACAUUACGAUGCCGUGGAACAACAAUUAAAGACGUCUACUAUUGGUUUGGUAACAUUGAAUGAGAUGAAAGCUAAACAAGAAAAUAUUGUCAAGGAGCGAGAAAGAAAAUUAGCACAAAAAGAAAGGGAAAAAGAACAAGAAAAGGAAAGAGCACUUGCUGCUAAGCAAGCGGAAAAAAAUAAACAGAAGAAACAAAUUCAAGCCCUAUCCUUUGACAUGUAUGAUGAUGAAGGAGCAAAUGACUCAGAGUCCGAAUCAGAUUCCAAAUCAGAUAUUUCAAGUACCUCAAAUCGGUCUAAAGAGAUUGAGGAUAAACUAAACCCACCACUGCCUAAGAAAAUUAAAAAAAAUCCUGAUGUUGACACGAGCUUUUUACCUGAUAGAGAACGAGAAGAAGAGGAAAAUAAAUUGAGGGAAGAACUCCGUCAAGAAUGGGCCACUAAGCAGAAUGUACUUAAGGAAGAGGAAAUAGAAAUUACAUUCAGUUAUUGGGAUGGGUCUGGGCACCGAAGAAGUGUCAUCAUGAAGAAAGGUAAUUCGAUUUAUCAACUGCUCCAAAGAUGCCUGGAAGUUUUACGAAGAGAGUUUAGCGAAUUAAAGACUGUCAUGGCAGAUCAGCUCAUGUAUGUGAAAGAGGACCUUAUUCUACCUCAUCAUUACACUUUUUAUGAUUUCAUAGUAACUAAGGCUAGAGGAAAAAGCGGGCCCCUAUUUACAUUUGACGUUCAUGAUGAUAUUAGAAUGAUGCAUGAUGCAUCCGUAGAAACAGAAGAAUCCCACGCUGGAAAAGUUUUGUUGAGAUCCUGGUACGAGCGCAACAAGCAUAUUUUUCCCGCCAGUAGAUGGGAGCCGUAUGACCCUACAAAGAGUUACGAUAAAUACACAGUAUCUGAUAAAAAUAAAAAAAAAGAUAAGGUUUGAAGAGCAAAGCAAUUAAUUCUCAAGACUUGAAUUCAAGACGAACUACGAAGCUAACACCAUACGUAAUUCGCGAUGCCGAUGAAAACAAUAGCAACGAACAUUCAAAAUGCAUGUUAUUGAUUUUGGUUAAUAAAUUUUGCAAUCCAUCCCACGUA